UGCACGAAUCCUCCUAGUUCGCACCAAGCAAACGAGAACUAAGCAGAGGAGAACCAAUCCUUGGAUCAGUCACAUUACAAACCAAGGAUCACACGCGGCUUCCCUCCUGCAAUGGCCGCUACUUCCGGCAGCUGCUUAGCCUUCGUCAUGGCGCUCGCUCUCAUUGGCACCAACGUGAGCUACGCCGCUCGCCUCCUGGCAGACGCCACGGAAUCAGCUACUCCCACCGCGUCUCCUGCCGCCGUCCCCGGCAGCAUCCCCGCCGUGCCGAAGCUGCCCGUGCCCACAGCGAUGCCACCAAUGCCAGCCGUGCCCGCGGCCACCGUACCGCAGGUCACGAUGCCACCCAUGCCUGCCGUGCCCGCGGUCACCUUGCCACCGAUGCCAGCCGUGCCGGCGGUCACCGUGUCCACGGUCACGGUGCCACCCAUGCCGGCGGUGCCGAAGGUCACGUUGCCGCCCGUGCCCGCCGUCGUUGUGCCGAAGGUGACGAUGCCCCCAAUUCCAGCCGGGAUCCCCAAGGUGGCGUUGCCUCCGAUGCCUGCCAUUCCGGCCGCCAACGUGCCGGUGCCAUUCCUCGCGCCACCUCCUUCGGCGUAGCGUAGGCAUGUCCUGUUCGUGCACGCUUUUGCAUUGCUCUUCCAAUGGGUCUCUCAUCUCGUGAUCCGUCAGGUUUGGUUCAGUCGUAAUUUGUGUAUGUAUUGAUGCCUCUGUUGAGAUUGUCAGUUCCAGUUCGGUUUUUGUAUGUUGGAUGUUGUACAGUGAUCAUUGAGUAAUACAGUGUAUAUAUUUCUUGUCA